ACGUAAUUUAUUUUUUUCACAUCCUCUCCAUUGAGAACACCGUCCUUUAUGACAGGAGGACCGGAGCGGGUCUGAACAUACGGACGUACGGCGGUAUGAACAAGAGGCAGACGGGGAGCAGCAGACGAGUGUAACACUGAGGAGGACGUUUACCACACAAUACCUUCUGCGAUGAGCACGGAGACCCACGCUAUGCUCCAGCUGGCAGCGGAGGCUUUCCACCUGAAGAACUACGAGCUGGCCGCGGACAUCUAUGAGGACCAACUCCGGGAGCCGGUGGAGCCCCGGGGCCGACUCGAGCUCAUGGUGAGGCGGGCAGACGCGCUCGCCUUUGGGGGGAAACUCACCGAAGCCUUCGGUGUCUACCAGAAGGCUUCGGAGAUAGAAAGACUUCAACCUGUCCACCUGGGCAACCUUCUCACGUUCCUCAUCGAGAACAUGAAGAGGAAUGGAGUUGGAAGUAAAAAGAAGACCGACCCUGGGAUGGAGUCGGUAGCCACGGAGGGAUGCCCCGAUGCCGACACGGGCUGCGGACAAGAAGCCUGGUCGUGCCGGACGUGUCUUGCCUUUCUGUCCGAACCUGUGACUCUGCCGUGCGGACACAGCCUGUGCAAAAAGUGCCUCGAGAGAGAGACCGGAGGACAGCCUGUCUGCUGUAAGGAGUGCAGUGACACUUCCCAGCUCAAAGACGUGCCGGGCUACCGGGUGAACGUGGUCCUCGGGAACAUCCUCUGCAAGUGGUUCCCGACCCAGUGCCGGGCCGCCGAGCUCCGGCGGCAGGGCAACAGCCUCUAUGUGGACAAGAAGACGGAAGAGGCUCUGGACAAAUACAACCAAGCCAUCUUCAUAGCACCUAAAGACUACCUCCUCUUCAGCAACCGGUCUCAGAUCCACGCUAGUCUGAGGCGUUACGACAUGGCUCUGAGCGAUGCGGAGACGGCCUGCACGCUAAUGCCUCACUGGUCCAAGGGUCAUCAGCGUAAGGCACAGGCCCUGGUGUCUCUGGGGAGGAGUGACGACGCUCUAAAGGCAUACCUGCUGUGUCUGACCCUGCAACCAGACUGCAAACUGGCCAAGACUGAGGCACAAAAGCUCCUCGGGGACUUCCUGGCCCCGGUCACGGAUCAGGUCCCAGACCGCGUCCUGGACUACUCUGCUCUGCUCUGCUCCAGAACCACGGUCAAGAGCGGCCUGGCGCCGUGGGACCCGCACACGCCCGCCACGUCGGCGGCCCCCCGCAUCCACUCACGGCCCACGCCGCCCUCGGGGUCCCCUCGGACACCAGUCCAGUCCAGUCAGCUGUCCUCGGAAAUAGACCUUCCCCCCUCCCCCCCGCAAGCCUCCUCAAGGCUCCCCUGCAAGUCUCUGAAGGGGAGUGAUGUGCUGGACGAAGAGGGGGCGGGAGACGACAGGCCCAACGGCACCUGCUGUCGACACCUCCUCAAACGAAAAAGGUGGAGCACGGAGGAGGAGGUGGUGGAGGACAAGAGGAGCACCAACGAGGAAGGAGCAACAGGGAGCGACGUUUGCAAGAAGCUCAAGUCUGAGCCUAUGAUUGGUGCCUGCAACUCUGUGGUUGGUGACCUCAUCGACCCUACAGAUCUGGAAUGUUCCCUCUGCAUGAGACUCUACUACGAGCCUGUGACCACACCGUGCGGUCACACCUUCUGUCUUAAGUGUCUGGAGCGAUGUCUGGACCACAACCCCCAGUGUCCCCUCUGUAAACAAGAGCUGUCUCAGUUUCUGGCCGAGCGGUCCUACUGCAAGACGUCUCUGAUGGAGAGCCUGAUAUCCACGUAUCUUCCCGCCGAUCUGAUGGAACGGAGUAAAGUCUACCAUGAGGAGAUGGCCGAGUUCUCAAACCUCAACCAGAACGUGCCUAUCUUCGUGUGCACCAUGGCCUUCCCCACCGUCCCCUGCCCGCUCCACAUCUUCGAGCCGUGCUACCGGCUCAUGAUCCGCCGCUGCAUGGAGACGGGCACCAGGUGCUUCGGCAUGUGCCUGGGGGACGAGGCCAAGGGGUUCGCCGACUACGGCUGCCUGCUGGAGAUCCGGAACGUGGAGGUCUUCGCCGACGGCCGCUCGGUGGUGGACUGCAUCGGCCGGCGGCGCUUCAAGGUCAACCAGCACCGGCAGCAGGACGGUUACAACACGGCCGACAUCGAGUACCUGGAGGACGUCAAGGUGGAGGGCACGGCGGAGAAGGACCUCCAGACGCUCCACGACGCGGUGUACGACCACGCCCUGGUCUGGGUGAACUCCCUCAAACCCGACCAGAAGGAACGCAUCGUGGCGCACUUCGGACCCAUGCCCGAGAAAGACUCCGACCCUCAGGCCAGCCCCAACGGCCCGUCGUGGUGCUGGUGGCUGUUGGCCGUCCUGCCCCUGGACGGGCGCGCCCAGCUCCCCUUCGUGGCGCUCACCUCCCUCCAGGACCGGCUCCACGGGAUCCGCCGCGUGCUGCUCUUCAUGGCCCGCAACACGCGCCACCGCUGAUCCCGGCCCCCCCCCCCCCCCAUCCGAGCUGCUACCUGGGACCACCAGCGCGGUAACCACAGCGACCCUCCCGAACCCCCGCACCCCCCCCCCCCCCCGAUCCACGACUCCUCCCAGAUCACUGUAGCCCCGAGCCCGGCUGGUAGCCAGCCACACACACACACACACACACACACACACACACACACACACACACACACACACACACACACACACACACACACACACACACACACACACACACACACACACACACACACACACACACGGGGGGGGGGGGGGGUGUUGUCUAUCCCUCCAUUGACGCACUGUACAUGUGUGUCAGAGUAUGGAUUGUGCCCACUUACAACGGCCGAUUUAUUAAAUGGCAACUCCAACAUAAGGAAACGUCAGACAUCUUCCAGUGAGCAGAGUAAUCUCAAUAGUCUUCCUUAAAGUUCUCUAUUUGAGUCGUUUUUUCCUCCCAAGUCAAAUAAGGACAGUCUGAAUGUCAACAUGGAUGAACUGUGGAAAGCUUUCUAUGGAACAUUUUUUUUCACAUAUUGGUUUUGUUUUGAUUGUGUUUUUAUUGUUUGUGUUCAUUUUAUUAUAAUUAUUAUUUAUGACAUGUGUGCAUGUGAAUGCAGUGGAAUUGUUUACAUUCUUCGCAGUAAGACAUGCAGGGCUGCUUGAGAACUUCCAAAGACUGUCUGCAGCAGUAGAGAUUCAGAAGUAGCUAUAGUGUUCAAACAUGGAUGGUGGACUCCCUUGCACUUUUAAGAUAUCAAGCAUUACUUAUUAUAAAUCCGGAUUUAUAAACAAGCUCAUCUUAUGUUCUGUUGUAACAAGACUGGCAUACAGACAUUUAAGUAGAGGGUGGCCCUUUUAAUUAGAUUAAACUCUUGGUCUAAUGUUUGCAAUGGACAGGUGAAACAUCAAAUCAUUUGGUGCAUUCAAGUUUUAAUUGUACCAAAAGUGAUUUUGCUAAACAUUCUCCAGAGCCCCAAGAACUUGUGCAAUGGGUCAUUUCAACACUGUUUCUAAGUGUGGCCAUUUUAAAGAGCACAAAGCAGAGAACCUGAAGAGGUACAAAUUAAAAAAGAUCUAAUAAUAGAGUUAGUAUUAUAGAUGUGAAUCGAUGUCCUCCCAGCGUCCACGUGCUGAGCAAGUGGGCAUUAAGAGAAGUUCAUGUAGACGCGUCUCUUGCUGACUGAAGUCACGCCUUUAUGCCCAAGCUUAUUGCCGGGUCGUCUUCAUAGUUUGCAUGUGCCUGGAGUGCCCUCUUUCUAGUAAGAGAUGUAAAAAGCUACUGUGGAUGUGUGAUUUUGAAUGCAUUCUGUGAAACUUCAAAGAAAUACAAUGACUUGCAUAUUUUGGAUUUUUGAGGCCAUUCCUAUUGAAACCCUGAAAGGUGUAGCAAGGGCCCAAACCUUUUUAUCUAAAGAAGUAGCUGAUCCUUUUGCCUGUAAACAAGUGUUUUGGCUAAACUUUUGAUCUGUUCAAAGAACAGAAGAACAAAAAGAUAUUUGUUUACAGCAAUGGCACUUUUUAAAACGAGAGGGACCGUGCACAUAUCCAUGACGACUCCUUGACUUAAAAGCAUUCUCAUGUCCAACCGUGGUCUAAGAAAGAACAUCUUGACGUGCAUGUGUGUUGAAUCUUUCUUUCAUCAGACUUUUUUGUACUGUAUUAUUUCCUGUAUUUAUUCGAUGUCAAAAUGGGAAUAACUUUGUAAUAAUCGUAUUAUCAAACUUAUUUUUAUGUAUAUGGGCCAAAGCUUGGCCUGUGUGAUUCUAUGGCGAUGGGAUGUUGUGAUAAAGGGAUUAUGUUUAUUAUUACAGCAACUAGCUUCUGGUAACAACUGCGUCGAAGUUAGCUGCAAAAGUUGAGUUCAAAAUCCCCCUGACCUUGCCAUUUAUACAACAUUCAAAUGUGUUCACUUUAGAGUUUCUGAAUUGCUUAAUCUCAGUCCAAAAGUGACUUCUUUUUUUUUUCUUUUUUUUUUCGUACUUUAAAAGCCCUGAAAAUGUCUUAUUUAAUCAUUUGUUGUCAUGUCCAUAUCGGGACCCUUUAAAAUAUUGUCACGUAAUCCACAAUCUCCAACGUACUUUACGUUCGAGUCUGAUAUUGGGUUUGUGUGUGAGUGAAUGUUCAAUGUAGCUGCACCAGUGCCUUACUGUUGAUUUCUUCCAUUCUCUCGUGGUCUUCUAUGUUUAACUUCUUUGUAAGGUCCUGGAGUGAGGUAGCCAAUAACAAGCCACCGAUCUGUAAAGACCAUCUUAAGAAACUGACUGAAACAGAGCUCCGAGUGUCGCCUGUCGGCUCAUGCCAAACACAUUCGUGCACAGGCCUUAUCAGCCUUUACGAAUACAUAGUUGAACUGGUCCCGCUCGCUCCUAGAGAUCUACAAAUUAGGAUAUUUGAAGUGCAAUGUCUAAAGUAUUUAAACUUAUGCAAUGAGAUUUCUUUUGAGGUUAAGGCCUAACGGUCAGAUCCAAGUUAUUCCCACCGGUUGAAGUCAACUGUUGAAGCAGAAGCAAAAAGGGUUGUAAAUGAUUUGCCUUAUGUAAAGCAUAAGGACGAUGCUUAUGCUGACACACGAGUGCCAUGAUCUGCAGCUGUACACCUCAGCUGGGCCAUGGGGCGAGGAUGCCUUCCCUGACUCCGUCGUAAGCAGAACCAUGGCCUCUUAAAUCUCUCUCCGUGUGGAACAUGAAUGUAUAUCACCGGCGCUUUCUCCGAAGCUCGAUGUAAACGUCAUAUUUUUUUUUUUACUCAAGUGUCAUUGGAGUGAUUCAUGUUUUGUUUGUACUGUGAUAACAGCUUGUGAAUAAAUCCAAACGAGCGGAGAAAGAGAAGGUU